AUGUGUGUUCGUGGCAGGGCUUCGCUGGUGAUAAAGUCAGGCAUGUGGGUCUGGGCACACUACGGGACGGCUCUGAGAUCCAUCUACACGAUGUAUGAAAUAACCUUCAGUGGGUCGUGGCCAAUCUACGCUCGACCUGUGUAUGAAAAGAUGGGGCAUGGAUUUGUCGUUUUCUUCGUCCUCUACGUUACGGUCAUCGUGUUUGCGAUCACGCGGGUCAUUUCCGCAAUUUUUUUGCGCGACACUUUAGAGGCCGCGAGCAAUGAUGCCGAGAUGCAGGUGCACGAGAAGCUGAAGAAGAAGUCCGCCUACGUCAUGAAGUUGAAGGCGCUGUUUCAGGCGCUGGACUCCACCGGCAACGGCAUCAUCACGCAGGACGUUCUCAAUCAGCUCCUUGAGGAUCCCAAGGUGAUCGCCCAUUUCCAGAUUCUCGAGCUGGACGUGCACGAAGGCGCUGCUCUCUUCCACGUCCUAGAUGAUGGCGACGGCGAGAUCACCUGCGAGGAGUUCAUUGACGGAAUCCUGCGAUGUCAUGGCCCGGCCCGAGCCAUCGACCAGUUGGCAAUGCACGCUGAGAUGCGACAACUGAGUGACACACUGGCAAACUUGAAACAAUCGCUUCAGCAGGCCAACAUCAUCUCGCCACGUCAGAAGAUGCGGAGCACCUUCCGGAUGCGGGCCAACGCCAAGACGUUCCGCCACCUCAAUGCCUUCCGCAUGCCACUUAUGCCCCAGGAGCUGGUGCAGCCGAAGAGAAGCGAAAGCAGCCGCGAGGCAAUCACGAACUGGCAGCUGGGAAAUGGCGUGAAGAGCCCCGAGUCCAUCAUGUAA